AUGACUCAACAUAAUCAAAUUUUGUACCGUUUAUUAAGCGAAUCACAAAUGGCGCUCAACGAUAGUUUAGAAUCCGCGAGAGGUUCAUCGAACGAAAAUUUCGGGAAUUAUAGCGAAGACAAAAAAUAUAAUUAUUAUGAUAAUAACGGAGAUCCCAAUAAUAUAUUAACACAACUAAAUAAUAUGAUGACGACAAUUAAAGACGCGUUUGUUAAUUUGAGUAAUUCGCAAACUAGUAAAGCUAACGGUUUUAAUAAUAAAGCAAAAAAUGUGACAAAUAUUGAUAUGGUGAUUCCACAAUUUUAUGACCAAUAUCAAGAUAAUCCGAUUAAAUUUUUAGAUAAUAUAAAACAGUAUAUAAAGAUAAAAAACGUUCCUAAUGAAUGUGAAUCUUUGAUUAUUAAAACGGCAUUAAAAGGAAGGGCAAAGUCUUGGUUUAUGUCAAAUAAUAAUAAAUGGGGAAGUUUUGCACAAUUCGAAGAAGAUUUUCUAUUAGAAUUUUUUUCGAUCGAGUUUCGCACCGAGAUGACGAAUGUUUGGAGAGACAGACGGUUCGGAAGAAUGGAUAAGACAUUUGUUAAUUACUUUUACCAACAAGUUAGUUAUUUAGAGCCACCUUUAGCCGAUUAUUCCAGAAAUUUUUUAAUUAUUAGACAAUUACCGCGAAAAGUGCAAGAUGUUAUGGCAGCAGUAGACUUGUCGGAUACGAAUAAAGUAGUGAGAACCCUCGCAUGGCUCGACAGAACGGAGAGAGGGGAAAACGGAUAUAGUAAUCGAACUCGUGAAAUUAAAUGGGACCGCGAUAAUGAUCAAAGAAAUAAUAAAUCAUAUGAUAGAAAUGAAAAAACAAAUUAUCAUACGAAUUAUAAAUGCGAGAGAGAAAGAGACAGAGAAAAUCGCGAAAGAAACGGGUGCGAGAAAAACGCGUAUAAAAAUGAUAAAGAAAGAAAUACCGAUAAGCCGGAUCAAUCAAAACAAAAUUGGAGACACCGUGAAAAUAAAAUGGAAUACGAAAAGAAAAAUGUAGAUAAUUGGAGAACAGAAGACAGAAAAUUUAGUAGGCAUGAAAAUGAAAAUUGCUAUCGAAAUGAUAAUUCUUAUAGGCAAAAUCAAAAAGAAUAUAAACACGGGAGGACAAAUGACAAAGGUCAUAGAGUGGCAGCAAUACAAAACGAAAAUAACGAAGACAACGAUAAUACAAAUGACGAUACUAAUUUAGAGAUAGACGAAAUUCUUAAUAAAAGCGAUUUAAAUUAA